AUGGCUUCCAAUCCACCAGGUGCUUGCUGCACUCAAACCAAUUUCCACGAAGGUACCCCAUUGGGAGCCCACAAAGAAAUCUUUGGUUUAGAUACUUAUACUGUCGGAGAGUCUUCCAAAGUUGUAGUUAUCUUAACUGACAUUUAUGGCCACAAAUACAACAAUGUUUUAUUAGUUGCUGAUGCUAUUUCUAAGGAAGGUUAUAAAGUUUUGAUUCCUGAUAUUUUAAAGGGUGAACCGGUUGUUUCGUUUGACGAGUUGCAAGCUUGGUUGCCUAGACAUACACCUGAAAUCACCGCUCCAAUUGUUAACGGUUUCUUGAAAAAAGUCAAAGAAGAAUUGAAACCAACAUUCUUGGGUAGUAUUGGUUAUUGUUACGGUGCAAAAUACGUUAUUCAGAAUUUAUCUUCAUCCGGAUUUUUGGAUGCUGGAGCAGUUGCACAUCCAUCAUUCGUCUCAAUUGAAGAAGUCAAACAAAUCAAACGUCCGCUUAUUAUUUCUGCUGCAGAAACUGAUUCAAUUUUCCCAGCUGAAUUGAGACAUCAAACCGAAGAUGAAUUGGCUAAAUUAGAAGGCGUCAGAUAUCAGGUUGAUUUAUUCAGUGGUGUUACACAUGGAUUCGCUGUUAGAGGUGACAUCAAAAACCCAAUUGUCAAGUACGCCAAAGAGAAAGCUUUGCUUGAUCAAUUGACUUUCUUCGAUAGUGUUCAAGUCUUGAAAUCUUAUUUGUAA